AUUUCUUUGCGAUCAAAACUCUGCUCAAGAAAAUAUAUCCAAUUAAUAAAGGAUAUAAAUUCAACCAGAUCCACGUGAAAAAGCUGUCAAUGCCUUUAAACGAGGCAGCCACAAAACGCGCCCCACUCGGCGACCCACAGAAUCGUGAAUUAGCUCGUGUGGCCCACAAACAACUGAAAGAUGUGAAUAUGACGACAGAAGAUACAGUUGCAGCAGCCACAACAGGUAUGCCGCUGCUGAGCUCCACUUGGAUGCGAUCUGCGCCUACUGCCCGACUAACAAGAACGACAAUGACCAAUGGAGAACAUGUCGCCGAAGCUGGGAACAGUAAGCUUGCAGCAGCCCCAACAGGUAUGCCGCUGCUGAGCUCCACUUGGAUGCGAUCUGCGCCUACUGCCCGACUAACAAGAACGACAAUGACCAAUGGAGAACAUGUCGCCGAAGCUGGGAACAGUAAGCUUGCAGCAGCCCCAACAGGUAUGCCGCUGCUGAGCUCCACCUGGAUGCGAUCUGCGCCUACUGCCCGACUAACAAGAACGACAAUGACCAAUGAAAAACAUGUCGCCGAAGCUGGGAACAGUAAGCUUGCAGCAGCCACAACAGGUAUGCCGCUGCUGAGCUCCACUUGGAUGCGAUCUGCGCCUACUGCCCGACUAACAAGAACGACAAUGACCAAUGGAGAACAUGUCGCCGAAGCUGGGAACAGUAAGCUUGCAGCAGCCACAACAGGUAUGCCGCUGCUGAGCUCCACUUGGAUGCGAUCUGCGCCUACUGCCCGACUAACAAGAACGACAAUGACCAAUGGAGAACAUGUCGCCGAUGCUAUCCUGUCACCACACCACAUCCAAUUCAAUGUACAGUUGCAGCAGCCACAACAGCAGCAGCAGCCACAACAGCAGCAGUAGCACCAGCAUCCAAACAAAAGCCCACCGCCGAUGGGAAAAAGGAGGGCAACGGUGGCAACACGCGAUGCACCCACUGCCACAUUGAGGGCCAUUUACGAGAAGUAUCAGUCGAACCAGUUCCACAAGAUCGCACUGCGCACGGAGCUGCGUGGUCCGCUUAUAGACUCGAUUCUAAAGAGACACCAGAAGAUGAGGAAUUCAAAUCCAUUUAAGUUUAGUUCAAUUUGGUAUCUAUUUACAUUUGUUUAGUUUAGUUACUCAUUUAAUUUCUUUGUGUGAAGUGCUGAAAAGUGACUUGGUUAAAUAAAGCUUUGUU